AUGUGGUGGUCUUCAUAUUCGAUGCUUGUUGCCUCUCACGCCAUCCAACUGACGACAACCAGUCAAGUGUACGUUACGAACGCGGGGCAGUCCAUAGAGUUGCACUGCCAGAUUGCCUAUAUGCGACCUACCAAGAUGAAACCCUCCCCCACACCACUUCCCACCGUGACGAACGCCAACGUUUACAAACGUUCAACCAGAUUCCAGCAGCUUGUGAGAUUAUCGUCAGUGCAGAAGCAUCGUCACUCAUCAUUGUCGUCAUCAACAUCAUCAUCGGCAACAACAGCAUUACCAUCGUCAUCAUCGUCGUCGUCAUCAUCCUCAUCGUUAUCUUUCGGACAUUUUCACGAACCAGUUAGCAUUUUUUCAUUUUCAUCUGAAGAUUCAAUUUCCAGACCGAUUCGAAAUAUAAACUUUGACGUCCAGUUGAAUUCGUCAUCGUCAUCUUUCUCAUCUUCUUCUUCACCAUCAUCGCAAAUAACGAUAACUUCAUCUUCAUCACUGCCAUCUUCAUCUUCCUCCUUUUCAUCAUCUACAUUUGAGAUGAACCACCACAUCUUCUCGAACAUGAAGAUGUUCUUCCUAAAGCAGCAGGGUCCGGAAACGACACAGGUGAACGAUGCUGAUGACCUGCUGGAUCCCUUCCAUAAGGAACAGGACAGACUGCACGUCACCUGGAUGCACUCCUCUCACGAUAACAAACUCACCAUGAUGCUCAAAAUAUCUAGUCGGUGUCAUAGGUUUACUCUUGAAAUAAUGUUGAUGCUGGUGUUAUUAUCUGUUUGUCUGUUUGGUUUGAAAAAGGCAUCAUAG